GUCGCCGGGGCCGAGGCGCGCAGGCCUGUCUCGGCGGCCGGGGGCGGGUGUGGGUCAGGGGCGCCAUGUGGUUCAUGUACGUGCUGAGCUGGCUGUCGCUCUUCAUCCAGGUGGCCUUCAUCACGCUGGCCGUCGCGGCUGGACUCUAUUACCUGGCCGAAUUGAUUGAAGAAUACACAGUGGCCACCAGCAGGAUCAUAAAAUACAUGAUUUGGUUUUCCACGGCUGUGCUGAUUGGCCUUUACGUCUUUGAGCGCUUCCCUACCUGCAUGAUCGGUGUGGGCCUCUUCACCAACCUUGUCUACUUCGGCCUCCUCCAGACCUUCCCCUUCAUCAUGCUGACCUCGCCUAACUUCAUCCUGUCAUGUGGGUUAGUGGUGGUGAAUCAUUACCUCGCGUUUCAGUUUUUUGCGGAGGAAUAUUAUCCUUUCUCAGAGGUCCUGGCCUAUUUCACUUUCUGUCUGUGGAUAGUCCCAUUUGCAUUCUUUGUGUCACUGUCGGCUGGGGAGAACAUCCUGCCCUCCACCAUGCAGCCAGGAGAUGACGUGGUCUCCAAUUACUUCACCAAAGGCAAGCGGGGCAAACGCUUAGGGAUCCUGGUUGUCUUCUCCUUCAUCAAAGAGGCCAUUCUACCCAGUCGUCAGAAGAUAUACUGACCCCCUUGGAGAGGGGAUGCGGGGGCUGGAUCAGGAGGGAGUCAGGCCCCUGGGCCUCUGCACUAGGUCAGGGCCAUGAGCCUGGAGGGCACCUCCCCCCAGCCCUGGCCUUCCUCUCCUUGACUCUCCCUGAAGCUCCCAUCCCCACCCUCCUUGGGGAGCUCAGCCCAGCCCUGACACUGCUAUAGGCUGUGACCUCAGAGGGCACAGGGAGGGUGGCAGAGCCUGCUCAGGCAGAAGGCCAUGAUCCACCUGCUUGUGUGAGAGCGGAGUGCCCCGUGGCCCUCCUCUUGCCCCUCCAUGGUGGGUCAGGAGGAUUCUGGCCCUGCUGGGACAGGUAGGGCAGGAUUCGUGAAGCUGGGAAGCAGACAGUGACAAGUUCUCUGGGUAAAUGGCCGUGGGGAGGGGCCAUGGCUUGGCACUUCCGAGAGAAAUACUUUUUGCUGUUGAACUGUGAUUUCUGUCCAAGUGCUGAAUCCCGUUUUGAAUAAAGAUUCUAGGUGGCACUAUUUGCCUUAAUACCUGGAAAGUUCAUCUACCUGUCUUUCUGCAGACCUUCUGCCCUGAACUGAACUGGCUUUUCUGCUCCAGGGACUCCUUUGGUUUUGAGUCCCUUCUGAAGGGACUUUUCUUAUAAUCCUUGCUGGGAAGGGGGCAGGGACGAAGAGCGGAGCCUGGUCAGUGUGGGGAGUGGAGGCAGCUUUUCUUAGGCCCCUCCCUUUGCUUCCAUCUCUUUUUUCUCCAGGGCUCCAUAUGGAGCCCUGUUCGUGCAGUGUUUAAUAGCUUGACUGCUAACCAAGAGGUCGGCAGUCCGAGUCCACCGGCUGCUCCUUGGAAAGCCUGUGGGGCAGUUCUGCUCUGUCCCAUAGGACUGCCAUGUGUCGGUACCUACUUGAUGGCAACCAGUGAAGGCUGCAUGGCUGUCCUGCUGGGGGUAGGAGAGGUAACAGUUUUAAGGUAGGGUUAGAUUUUCAGAACAUCGGCAAUAUUCUACUUAUAAGUCUUCCUCUGGGGAAAAGGAGUGGUUGCUGGCUGAAUUCUAUCUCAGGCUCAAGGAGAAACUGAAAAUAAAAAAUGGUUUCCAGGCAGCCUAGGCUACAGCCUGAUUUUGAAGAAAUAGGGCUGGUGAGGAAGUGAUUUGUCACUCUUAACAGCACAUAAGAGCUGGCCCUCUCUUCUGUGUGCUCUUGGCUUGGGGAGAUGAUCUCAGCCUUCUAAGAAGAUGGGCCAGGCCCUGGGCACAGACCAGCAUUUGUUGACCUUGUACUUCAAGUACAGUGCCUUGCAAGAACUCAAUAGUACAUACUGGAAUGAAGUCCCCAUGAGAGCCAUCACUGGCCAUGUCCUAUACCUCAAAGCCAGGCUGGCAGGUGUGGAGACAGACUGCACACGUGGAGUACCUUUAAGCCACUGGGAAGACCCCUGUGCUUGAAAAUCUUUCUUCUACAUCAUUUCUGAGGUCCCACCAUAGCCAUUCAUUUCCUUGCCUUUAGCAUUUCCCAUUCUCUUAAAAAUACCAGCCCUCCGCUUUCCCUGGGAGGGUAGCACAUUCUGGUCUUCAUCUGUCGGUGGGAACGAGAUUGCCAGGCCCUUUUCUUCUAUGCAGACAAGGACAAGGUAGACAAACGUCAUCCUCACCAACGGGCUGGCAACUGGCUCUGCUCACUCCUGCCGUCCACUACUUUGUCCCUCACCCAGACGAUGUGGCUUUGCCCCGUUCCACUGCCAGUGCUUUCAUGGGGAGUGCCAGUGCCCUUCCUGUGCUAAAAUCAGUGGACCCUUCUCAUGUUUUAUCUAACUUGGCUGAUCGAUCACCCCGUGCUUCCUGAAUCAUACUUCCCUGGCCUCUGUGGCACAAUACUCAGCUGGUUUUCCUCUUACCUCUCUGGCUGUUCCUUUCAGUCUCCUGUGCAGGCUUUUCCACUUGCCUCAUGCAUAAUGGGGCUUCUCAGGGUUCUGUCUUGAGACAGGGAGCCCAUCCAUGCUGAUGGCUUCAAGGACUCUACCAAGAAAUCGAGAGUUGACCUCCAACCCCAACCUCCCUUCGAUCUUCUGAACUUCUGGGUUCACAGGGAAUUCAAGUUCAUGGCCCAGAUGGCACUUGUUGCUGUCUUCACAAACCUACCCCUUUUCGUACCUGUCUUGACCCUAAGAUCACUCAGAAGCCAGACCAGAAACCUGCUUUCCAUCACUGCUUCCUCUUUCUGCCCUCACAUCCAAUUCUACAAACUGCCAACUCUACCUGCUUAACACCUCUUGGUU